AUGGAUGCCGGCCUUACCUCAACCGAGCCAUUUCCCGAGGCUGCAGCGCAAAGUUUACUGGCAUUGGGCUCGGCAUUUCCUGAUGCCCCCCAGGCGGAGGUGCGAAGGUUUGCCCUUGCGAGGCCUCAUGUGCCAACAGACGCUGUCUGCAUGUACGAGGACUACGUCCGGUGGCGCGCCAGCGAGGGGAGGUCGGAGGUGCUGGCGCAAGCUUGGGCAUCGUUGCCGGCUUACGUGUUCAGCGGCGUGACGGAACAGGGUCCAGCACUCGACGGGACAGGCGUGCUCUUCAUGGAGCUUGCCAGGUAUGAUGUCCAGGCUCAGCCGGCGUCGGUUUAUGUGCAGGGCGUGUGUCACCUCUUGGACCAGGCAUUGCCUCCAGAUGCGCAGGGCCAGAUUACAGUGGUCAUUGACACGCGCGCCGGGCCAGGUUGGCCCAACCCCAAUCCGUUACAGGUCAAGCCGUUUUUGCAGGAAAUCACACAGAUUUUGACACAGAGGUACCCAGAGAGAUGUCGUCGUAUCAUAGUUUACCCAGUUCCGUGGGUUGCAGGUUUCCUAGUUAAGAUGGCAAAGCGCUUGAUGGACCCCAAGACGAGCGGAAAGCUUCAUGUGAUUACUGGCGAAGGUGAUGGUUGUCCAAGCGCUGCGUUGCGUUUGCUUCUGUCUGCAAAUAGUUUCCCGUUGCACUCCUGGAGUAGACAUGUUGGUUUGGUUCCGUCAGAUGCCCCACAGAGUUUAGACUGCAAAGGGUGCGCCGACGAAGUUGAAACUUCGGAUGUCAGCGGAGAUCAGGACGAGAUGUUCUUCAGUGCGAGCGAAGAUGAGGAGUCGAGUGAAGAUGACGAGAGCCCAGGUCACCCUGACCAGCAUAUUCAUUUGACAAGUACCGAAGGGUCUGGCACACUGUUGGCAAGUACUUUUGGAGAGACAGCUUCUGGACUUCAAGAGUGUUCGAGGACUCAUCGAGCUGCAAUGGGUUUUCUGAUUAUCAGCUGCCUGCGGCAAGCCCCACCGUCACGUGUGACACUUCCUGUCUCCAGGCUUGGGACAGCCGUGUUGAGGAUGAUGAGAAUGGUGUAG